CCUUCCUCGCGCUCCUUUUAAGCAUGCCCUCCCUUUCUUCUUCUCUGACCCUCAACUGGAUUUAUUCGGAGAAAUUUCAUUCAUUGAGUACGUCGCUUCAUUAAACCAAGCUCUGGUCCGGUUCUGGUUCGACUUUGCAUUUUGUCAUCUCGCCCCGGUCUUCGAUUCCCGUCACCCUCUUGAAUACUUUGAACCCGACAAAAUGGCAGCCCCAACGGUCACAGGAGACAACGGCAUAUCUCAUCUCUCUACGAUCCCUCUGGAGGUGCUUCUUCAGAUCACAUCCAACCUCACUACCCCCGAGUAUGGCAAUCUUCGCCGCACGUGCAAACGCAUUGAGGAAACACUCUUCACAUCGUUUGCCCGAGAAUUCUUUACCAAGAAGCAGUUCAUGAUCACCGAAUUUAGUCUGCAAGCCUUGGUGGAUAUUUCAAGGUCCAGAUUGUCAUCAUCCUUGAACCAUGUGAUCUUUGGUCUGGAACGACCCUCAAUGAGGCAGGACCAUAUGAUGCCGCCAGUUCCAGCACCCCAAUCCGAAAAUCAUGUCAAGAGUAAUCGCUUCCGACAGGAGUGUGUUGGACACAUGAGCCUUCUCUACGCCAACCAGGAUGUCGAAAUGCUUGCCAUAGCUUUCUCAAAUUUGUGUAAUCUUGAAACUGUUGGAAUCCGUGACUGGAGCUCACGCACUCGCAACCGGGAUUAUCCUUACAACGCAUGGAAUAGUUACGGUGUUCGGACAUUUCAGGAAGAGACCGGUCGUUCACUCGAUCUCCCAGGGAGGUUUCCCCCCGACCCCACCCGACUACUGGACCAUGCCGAGCAUCUCAGUAGAGUGUUUCUCAGUCUUUUACGUUCCCUUGGUAAAGCUGGUUCUCGACCAAAGAAUUUUGAGAUCAUAUUGAGGGAGAGCAGUAUCUACGACCAUGCCUUCAACUUACCAAAUUAUGUCGACGUCCUCGUCCAACCAGUGCUUGGAAAUAUUCGCACGCUCCUUCUCGACCUGAGUGCAGAAUACAAGCCUGCCUACGUCAAUGUCAAUAACGUGCCGACUGAAUGCCCUAACUAUCUCUUGAAAAUAUUCCUCUCGAGACUGCUUGAGCUGGAGCAUCUUCGACUGAACUUUCGAUUCUUCCGAGGAGAAGACUACGGCAGCCUUCUGUCGUGGCUAUCGAAGCCAGUAUCUGCCACAACGCCCAACACCACAGCGGCAACAUCCCUUCCCGAGUCCCCACAACCCAUCGAAUUCACCAAGCUCCGGCAAUUGGAAAUUGGCAUGAUUACGGUAAAGCCAAGGAUCUUGCUUGACAUUAUCCAGAAGCACCGAGCCACCCUGCGCAGCAUCAGCUUGCACAAGGUAUCGUUGCUUCAGACUGAACCGACCAUGUCAUCCCGGGACAAUCUUUGGGCAAACUUUUUUGGCCAGCUGUCAAAGCUCGAUCUCAAGCUCACGAGCAUGAAGAUGUCACUUCUUUCGCAAAAGUCAGAAAGUGGGAAUCCUUUCCGCCCGGUUACUUUCAAAGAUUCGCGAGACCUCCAGUCGAGAGAAUGGGGCGGAACCGAUGUGCAGAGUUGCUUGAGGGACUUCAUUGCCAACGUGGUGAUCAACGGACCAGAUCACGAUACUGAGAGCAGUCACACUCCGGAGAGCGAGGAAUGGAAUUCGGACGGCAAGUCAUCAUAUCUAAACAUUUAUAUUCACAAUUUACUGACUUCAAAAUAGAUUCCAUGCACGACGUUGACGACGAAGACGAAGAUGAGCUCUAGGGGAAUUCGGUUGUG